CGAACGUGAUGGCGCCACCAGCCGAAUCGAGUCGUUAACAGUGGCGCACGGUGCUUUGUUACUCUGCGAAUGUUGACGUCAAAUCAAAAGUUUACAUUUGCAUGAUUAUUCUAUGAACUAGCACAUAAGAGCAAUAUUUUGGAAGAUUCGAAAAUUAAGACAUUUUGAAGAUAAGAAACGGUUAAAUAUCAAAAAAAUUAAGUGAAUAUCUACAGAAAGUGUUAAAAGCAAUUUGUUGUGACGUUCGCGCUUUUUGACUCUCUUUGAAUACGAGUUAAACUGUAUUAGGUGAUUUCGGUUUCGUACUUAUCAGGACCUGUUCCGUAAUAUUUAUAGCUGCCAGAUAAUAAGCCGAUAACUAUUGCGCAGCGAUUCGACUAGUUGUGUCAGUGUACUGUAAGUGUUGUGAAGUCAUACUUGCUUUGAAAAAUGAGCUGUGAUGUGUGCCAAAAACACUGGGAAUGGUUCCUGGAUGAAUUCAGUGCCAACUAUUUCGUGCUGUGGGUUUUUGGAACGACUCUUUACUCUGUUCUGGUGGUGAUCGUCGUGGCAAGUCUGUUCCUAUUUAUGGAUAUUACCAAUGCCCCGAAACCGAUGAGAAAGUACAAAAUUCAACUGGGAACCAAUGAGCCACUGACCUGGCAACAGCUUAGUAAGCUGGUGAAGACAGCAUUCAUAAACUUGGUUUUAGUGGCAAUCCCAACCUUGGCGGUUUUCCACGCAAUUUCAUUAACGACCAAUCGCCUGCCGGAUCUCCGACAACUACCCAACAUUGGAACGAUAUUGUACUCACUCCCUGUUUGUGUGUUGGCCUCUGAGUUCGCCUUCUACUACAGUCACCGAUUGUUGCACUCCAAAUUCCUAUACAAACUGAUUCACAAGAAACACCACGAAUGGACAUCCCCGGUAGCCUUGGCUGCUGUGUACGCUCAUCCCAUCGAGCAUGUUUUCAGCAACAUGGCACCCCUGUAUCUGGGAAUUUGGCUCACCAAAGCGCACCCGAUAACGGCUUGGAUUUGGACGACAUUGGCUCUGAUUGGGACGUUGCACGACCAUUCCGGGUACCAUCUUCCAUUUCUGGGCAGUCCCGAGGCACACGAUUUUCACCACCAAAAAUUCAACCAGUGCUAUGGUGUGAUUGGACUCUUGGACUGGCUGCACGGAACCGACGUCCUGUUUCGCCAAUCGCAGUCUUUUAAGCGACACCGGCACCUACUUGGAACCAGUUCAGCACGAGAGCUAUAUCCGGAUGUCGAUAAAAAGGUCUCAUAGAAAGCAGCUAUCCGGCCGCCUAUGGACAAUGCGAUUCUUUUGAAGUUGCACUCCUUAAACUCAGCGAAACACUUCUCUGGAUGAAAAUAUACGUUUGAAACAAUAAGAUAACGUCAUCAUUAUCAUUAACAACACAUGCAAAAAAGUGUAUCUGUUAAGUAUUCUGUUUGUAUAGUUUCCAAAAAUUAUGUGUAAGUUAGUAUAACUCAAACAAAUCGCCACAUCCAGCAAAAUUCUGCAAUAAAAAUGUUAUCAAACAUACAAAUGUAUGUAAGUUCAGUA